GUGUUGAAUGAGAUCACUGCGUUUCAGAAUAAGCGUACUGGACGUGGACGGCGAAAAAGAACGAGUACAACUUCCAAUAAAGAAGAGGGAUCGUAUACCGUAUUUUUCCAGACUUUUGUGAAAUAUUCAAGAAUAUAUAUUUUGGGUACAUUUUGGACUUGAAAUGUUGUGGUUAAGUGGUUUUUCGGUGGCGAUCGCCUUUGUAUUUACACCCGGUAUCGUGAGCGGAGCUUUGAAGGAUGGGGAAUGCGAAGUGUGCGUCAGCUUCCUGGGCCGGUUCUAUCAGUCUCUGAAAGAUGAUGACGUGAAAUUCACCAGCGAUGACAUUGAGAAGGCCCUGGUUAAAACCUGCAAGGACACCAAGGGGAAAGAGAACAGGCUGUGCUACUAUAUUGGAGCCACAAGUGACGCCGCCACCAAAAUCAUCAAUGAAGUUUCCAAACCUCUGAGUUCCCACAUUCCCGUGAGCAAGAUCUGUGAGAAACUCAAGAAGAAGGACAGUCAGAUAUGUGAACUAAAAUACGACAAACAGGUGGACCUCAGCUCUGUGGACCUGAAGAAGCUGAAGGUGAAGGACCUGAAGAAGAUUCUGGAAGAGUGGGGAGAGUCGUGCAAAGGUUGCGCGGAGAAGUCCGACUUCAUCCGCAAGAUUAACGAGCUCAUGCCCAAGUACGCCCCCUCUGCAGCUAAGGCAAGGACAGACCUCUGAGCCAAUGACGAUGGGCCUUACUGUCCCUGGGGGUGUGGCCUCAGCAGGAAGGAGUGGCCAGUUUUGACUCUGCCCUACGUGGACCACCUAAUAAAGACUGUAUUGUACAUGACUUUAGUUUCUUGUUAAGGGAUAGGAUUUUUUUAAUAACUUAUGGAAAAAUUGUAUCUUCGAUUAAAAACAAGGAAAAAUGCACAACUGUUGUAUCCGGUUGAACCAGAGCUGGUGUUUCUCUACUGCAAACAUUUUUAACAAAUGUGCAACAAAUUUCUUGUAUAUGAAAAUGUGCGGGAGUUCUUUUUUUAAUAAAAUGAGAGCGAUGGGAA